AUGGUGCUAAAAAAUUCCAAAUGGGACAAACAGGCAAAAUACAAAUAUAUGAAGAAACAUGGCUUGAAGACGUCACGACCGAAAGACUCCGUUGUAACUCCUAAAUGGUCUGGAAAGAAAGCAGGAAAGGAUGGUGACGCAAGAAAAAUUACUUUAGAGGAUUCCGACGAAGAAGAAGAAGAAGAAGAAGAAGAAGAAUGGGACUCUGAUGUCGACGAAGCGCUAAUCAACCACUUUUACCCACAACUUGACAAGGGCGAACUGCUUACAAUUGAACAAAAAUUAAAGAUUAAACAGCAGAUUUUGAAUGAUUUACAGAACUCCAAUGCUUCGCCCGAAUUAGAUGCCAAUGAUAAAGAAGGAAAAAGAGAAGAAAUAGAUGGUAUAUAUUUGGGACAAGCAAGCGACGGUCAAAUACUGAAAGGAUUAGAACCUGGACAAGGACAAAGGCAAGACCAAAGUCAAAGCAACCCUGCGUUACCCCAGAAUCCUUCUUUUAAUUUGCAAGAUUUUAUCAACAGUAUUGAGAAAAAGCCCAAUAAAAACAAGAAAUUACUCAAGAAUAAAUUUUCGGAAAACUUUUUGGAGGAGUAUGGACUAGAAAGUUACAAUUAUGGUAAAGAUGAUUAUAACAAAAUGUAUGAAGAAAGGCAAAAGCUGAGCCACAGCAAAAACUUACUCAAUGAGCUUACACUGCGCGGUAUUGACGAAUACGAAAUUGGUCAAAGUAUUGAUAAACAGAAGCAGUCAAUUCGCCUGCUCACCGAAGAGGAAAAAGAAGAGGAAAAGAGGAGACGCGCUCUUAUGGAACUGGAUAAUUUUUAUAAAGAAAUAAAAAGGAAAUUUGGAGCACAAGAAGGGAAUGCUAAGAAGAAAGUUUUGGAAUUGAAUAAUUUCAACUCGAGUGAUUUGUCUCAACUACAGAGGUUGCAAGAAAAGCUUGAGAAGGGAGACGAUGCUCCAAAUACACUUGAGGAUGACUUGUUUAAUCUCUUAGGAUUACCAAUUCCAUCAAAAGAUGGUAAUGUUGAUAGUGAAAUAGAGAUGGAAUCUGGUAAAAACAAGGGAAGUAAAAACCAAGAGCAAGAGCACGAGAGAAAGCAAACGACUUUACUGCACAAUUUUGGAAAUCUCCAUCUCUCUACAGAUAAGCAAGAUUUAAAUGCCUCGAAACAACCGUUUGAAGAUGAUUUAAACUUUGUAGAUAGCCUUUUAAAGUAA